UUCAUCUCUUUCAUAACAUUCAACUUAGUCUCUUUCUAUUGUUUCUCAUAAAAUCAAGGCAGUCGUUCAUUUGCUUUCUUUCAAAUAUACAGACAUAAUCCAUGGAGUUGAACUUAGCACCAAAGUUUGCACAAAAGAUCUUCGAAGGAGAAGGUGGAACAUAUUACCGUUGGUCAAGUGCUGAAUAUGAAUUGCUCAAGGAAGCAAAGGUUGGUGGUGGAAGGCUUGUUCUGCAGCCUCGUGGCUUCGCUCUCCCUCACUAUGCUGACUCCAACAGAAUUGGUUAUGUUCUUCAAGGCAGCUGUGGAGUAGUUGGAAUCGUACCACCCAAAGCAUCCCAAGAAGUGGUGUUGAGGCUCAAGAAAGGAGAUAUAAUACCAGUGCCCUCUGGAGCAGUUUCAUGGUGGUACAAUGAUGGAGACUCAGAACUAAUUGUCGUAUUCCUUGGUGAAACUUCCAAGGCUUAUGUUCCCGGAGAAUUCACAAACUUCCUACUAACCGGAACUCAAGGAAUCCUUGGAGGUUUUUCCGCUGAAUUUAACUCCAGAGCCUAUGAUAUCAACAACGAAGAAGCCAAAAAGCUUGCAAAAAGCCAAUCUGGCGUCUUGAUAAUUAAGCUACCAGAGGGCCACAAAAUGCCCCACCCCUGCAAGAACAGUACUGAUAAAUUGGUGUUUAAUAUUGAUGCUGCAUUACCUGAUAUCCAUGUCCAAAAUGCUGGAUUGCUUACUGCAUUGACAGCAAAGAAGUUUCCCUUCCUUGGAGAAGUUGGGCUCAGCGCCACCCUUGUGAAGCUGGAUGCCAAUGCCAUGUCCUCACCGAUGUACGCUGCUGAUUCGUCGGUUCAAGUAAUUUAUAUUGCAAAAGGGAGUGGAAGGAUUCAAGUUGUUGGCAUCAAUGGUGAACGUGCCUUGGACACGAAAGUGAAGGCUGGCCACUUGUACGUUGUGCCAAGGUUCUUUGUGGCCUCUACCAUUGCAGACGGUGAAGGAAUGGAGUACUUCUCAUUGAUAACAGCUACACAACCUGUAUUUGGCGAAUUUACUGGGAAAACAUCAGUAUGGGGAGCAUUAUCUCCACAAGUUUUACAGGCCUCGCUCAAUGUGGCUCCAGAGUUUGAGCUGCUUUUCAGGGCAAAGAUCAUAAAGAGCACCAUUCUUGUUCCUCCUUGAUUAAUAACCAAGGGCCCUUAUGAUGUAUCAUCAUUUGUUUUCAGGAGUUACAGGGCUAUCAAAAUACAAUAAUUGUACUCCUAAGUAUUCUUUUAUAUGUGUAUCCGUGAGAUGGAAAAUGUUGUACAACUAUUAAUUAUAUGGCAAUAAAUUAGGUUAUGAACCUUAGUGUACUCAUUCUGAGUGCAUAUAUA